UCUAUAUUGUAGGGUUUACAUUGUUUCAUAGCGUAUUACUAAUUUUUUUUAGAUGGCUAUGUUAAAUUCACCAAUUUUGUGUCCAAGAGGUAUAACCUUGAACCCACUAUUGUGUUUGAAUUCUGUUAAAUACUUACGAUUUACGGAUUCGGGUUUUUCUUUUUCCACUGUAAAACUCUGCCUUGGACUACCUCUUCCCAAAAACACUUGUUUUUGUGUUGGUGUUAACAUAAACAAAGAUUUUCGUGUUAUAAAAGUGGUUGAUGAUGAUGAGGAUGGUCGUGGAGAAGAGCCWACACAGUCUAAUUUGGACUGGGAAGAUGAAUUUCUAGGAGAGAUUCAUCCUAUGAGUAAGAGAAAACAAAAAGAAAAGUCUGAAUUGCUUCAAGAAACAGACUCAACGGAUUGGUGUGUAAGAGCAAGGAAAUUUGCUCUCAGGUCUAUUCAAACCAGGGGUUUGACCAGUGCCCUGGAAGAUCCUGUCACUGUUAAUCUUAAGAAGAAGAACAAGAAGAAGAGCCAUAACGUUAAAAAGAAACCGGUAGUUAACAAGGAAAAGCUCACCAAGGAAAGUUUGGAUUUCGAUUCUGAUGGGGAAGAUGAAGAACUGAAUAUUGAAGACCUUUUGUAUGAUAAGGACCAGCUUAAAACAAGUGUGAGUAUCAUGGCAGGUGGGAUGUUUAAGGAAAGAAAGGAAAAAACCAUGGAAACUUUUGUUGAGAGGCUAUCCCAUUUCUCUGGGCCACACGACCGUAGAAAAGAGAUCAAUUUGAACAGAGAAAUUGUGGAAGCACAKACUGCAGAUCAAGUAUUGGAAGGGACUGCUGAGAUGAUAAUGGYUGUUGCCAAAGGCUUGAGUCCUUCACCUUUAUCUCCGUUAAACCUUGCCACAGCUAUCCACCGUAUUGCUAAGAACAUGUAGAAAGUUUCGAUGACCAGGAGUCACAGACUUGCAUUUGCCCGGCGCAGGGAGAUGUCUAUGCUUGUUGGUAUGGCAAUGAUGGCACUUCCAGAAUGCUCUGCUCAAGGUUCAAAUAUCGCAUGGGCCUUGUCCAAGAUCGGUGGUGAGCUCCUUUAUCUUUCUGAGAUGGAUAGAGUGGCAGAGGUGGGCUUGAACAAGGUUGGCGAAUUCAAUUCACAGAAUGUUGCUAAUAUUGCUGGUGCUUUUGCCUCUAUGCAGCAUGCUGCUCCAGACCUCUUUUCAGAAAUAUCAAAAAGAGCUUCAAAUAUCAUUCACACUUUUCAGUCACAGGAACUUGCUCAGCCGUUGUGGGCUUUUGCUUCGCUCGUUGAGCCUGCAGACUCGAUAUUUGCAUCUCUUGAUGAUGUUUACAAGGAUGCCCAUCAGUAUAGGUGCAGCUUGGAUAAGAGAACAUUAAAAUUCACUGAACCAAGAGGUGCAGAAAGUAUCAAAGUUGAAGGCUUUCCUCCAGUUCUUGAUUUCAACAGGGAUCAACUUGGAAACAUAUCCUGGUCUUGUGCUGUUCUUGGGCAAAUGGAUCGGACAUUCUUUUCCCAUGUCUGGAAAACCCUGGGCUAUUUUGAGGAGCAACAGAUAUCAGAGCAGUAUAGGGAGGAUAUCAUGUUUGCUACUCAGAUCCAGCUUGUUAACCAGUGUCUGAAGCUUGAGUACCCUCAUUCAUUAUUGUCUCUUAAAAGUGAUAUUGAGGACAAAAUUAUUCGUGCUGGGAAAACUGCACGUUUUAAUCAGAAGAUCACGUCUUCAUUUCAGAAGGAGGUCGACCAUCUUCUUGUUAGCACUGGUCUUUAUUGGACAAGAGAAUAUGUUGUAGAUGGGUACACCUUGGAUGCUGCUUUGAUUGAUCUAAAAGUUGCAUUGGAGAUUGAUGGGCCAACACAUUUCUCAAGAAAUUCAGGAAACCCUUUAGGGCAUACAGUACUGAAACGGCGCUACCUUGAAGCURCUGGUUGGAAGCUUGUAUCAGUAUCUCACCAAAAAUGGGAAGAACUUGAAGGGAGUCAUGAACAGCUGGACUAYCUUCGAGAAAUUCUUCAAGAUCACACAGCUGAUGAAGCUGGAAGGUAG